AGAAGGAAGAGGCCCCGGUUGAGGAGAAGAAGGAGGAAGCUGCCCCUGUUGCCGAGGAAAAGAAGGAAGAGGAGAAAAAGGAGGAAGUCGCUGCCGCUCCGGCUGAAGAGAAGAAGGAAGAGGCUGCUGCUCCGGCUGAAGAGAAGAAGGAAGAGGUUGCUGCUCCGGCUGAAGAGAAGAAGGAAGAGGCUGCCGCUCCGGCUGAAGAGAAGAAGGAAGAGGUUGCGGCUCCGGCUGAAGAGAAGAAGGAAGAGGCUGCCGCUCCGGCUGAAGAGAAGAAGGAAGAGGCUGCCCCGGCCGAGGAGAAGAAGGAAUCUGCCUAAAUAGAGGGAGAAGUUAAAAAAUGCACGCCGAAUUUGUAGCAUUUCACAGAGAAUAGAAAUGCGAAAGACUCUUUGAUGCUGGAGAUGUCACCGCCGCCGCGUGCAUUCGACACUAUAUAUUGUCAUCUUCUAAACGAAGGAGAAACCAUACUGCAUGCCAUUGGUGAUUGGCAAAAAGUGACAGACUGUAAAUGAAACUUGCACUUUUCAAAUGUACGAAACUCAACCGCACUGUAUCAACAUUCCACGUCUACUUUUGUGCCUUGAAAAUGAUAAAUUCAAAUGAAUGAGAAUGCCGAUGCAUCACCUUGAAAACACCCAGCACCAAGUAUCACCGAGAUCUUUCGCAGGAGUCGCUCUUGUCCUUUCAGCUCUGAGCCGAAACACAAAACGUAAAUGUAGGAAGAUUCUCGUUCCCAUGUAUCAGCGGGUGGAGUUCUGUUAUUGUCCAAUUUUUUCGAACAAAACCAUAUUAUUAUCAUCAAUCAGUACGGUUCACUGAUUCCUAGAAAAUGCCGUCGAAACAACUUCCCAAGGAACAAAAAAAAUUUCUACACAGACAAAGUUGACCGCCUGUUGGUGGCGUGGGAU